GCUGGGGGCGGCCAGCACAGACAGAGACUCUCUCGUUCUUGGCAGGAUGGCUUCUCCUCAUCUGCUCCUCCUUUGCCUUGCCGGAUUGGUACUUGUGUCUGAGGCUGGCCCUGCGGGCACUGGUGAAUCCAAGUGUCCUCUGAUGGUCAAAGUCUUAGAUGCUGUCCGAGGCAGUCCUGCCGUCAACGUGGCUGUGAAAGUGUUCAAAAAGGCUGCUGAUGAGAGCUGGGAGCCCUUCGCCUCGGGGAAAACCAGUGAAUUUGGAGAGCUCCAUGGGCUCACAACUCCUGAGAACUUUGUGGAAGGGGUAUACAAAGUGGAAUUAGACACCAAGACCUACUGGAAGUCGCUUGGCAUUUCCCCUUUCCAUGAAUAUGCAGAGGUGGUGUUCACAGCAAACGACUCUGGCAGCCGCAGCUACACCAUCGCUGCCCUGCUCAGCCCCUACUCCUACUCCACCACAGCCCUCGUCAGCAACCCCAAAGAAUGAAGGACUUCUCCCUUGGUGGAUUUGAAAGAGAAAGGACAGGGUUUUGUGUAACCAAUAAUGUUCCAUUUUUAUUAAUGCAGUGUUUUCACUUUAUAAGCUAUGCUAGAAGCUCGGGCAGAGUCAAUAAAACAUUCCUAUUAAAGCA